AUGACAAAACGAGCUGAUCCCGACAAAUUUACAGUGACAAAAGAGGCGCUACUUCCCGGUUUGUUUUUCGCUUUAGUUAUACGAUGGUGUGUGGCCGCCUAUCCUUACUCUGGAUACAAAAAGCCUCCAAUGUUCGGCGAUUACGAGGCCCAGCGUCAUUGGCAGGAAAUAACAGUGCAUACGCCGGUAGUGAAUUGGUACCGGAAUACGACGCAUAAUGACUUGAAAUAUUGGGGGUUAGACUAUCCCCCAUUAACUGCAUAUCAUAGUUUUCUCAUGGGGCUGGUUGCUGAUUGGCUAGAUCCAGAAUCAGUACGAUUAUUUGCAUCAAGAGGUUAUGAAAAUGAUAGCCACAAGAUUUUCAUGCGCUGGACUGUGUUUCUAAGUGAUAUCUACUUUUAUGUUACUGCUGUCUUAUGCUUAUGCAUUGAUGUUGAACGUAUAAAAAGAAAAGAUGAUCGAAAUGUGUUUAAACGAGUUGAUAUAGCUACAAUACUGUUUUUAUUGUAUCCUGGAAUUAUUCUGAUUGAUCAUGGACAUUUUCAGUAUAAUUGUAUAUCAUUGGGUUUAUUUUUAUGGGCUACGUUCUUCAUUGUCGCCAUAGAAAAUGAUAUAUUAGCCACAGUAUUUUUUGUUCUUGCUUUAAACUAUAAGCAAAUGGAAUUAUAUCAUGCAUUGCCCUUUUUCUUUUAUUUGUUAAGGAAAUGUUUAAUUGGUUUACCCAAUCGCAGUAGAGUCCUGCAUGCAUUGGUUAGGUUUAUUCAACUAGCAAUUGCAGUUGUAUUUUGCUUUAUAUUAGUAUGGUGUCCGUUUAUUACAUCUUGGAAUAAUAUGCUUCCUGUAAUACAGAGAUUAUUUCCCUUUAACAGAGGCGUUUUUGAAGAUAAAGUAUCUAACUUUUGGUGCACUGUCAAUGUGUUUAUAAAACUUAAAAAUGUGUACUCUAAUGAGGAGAUGGUUAAAAUGUGUUUUCUUUCAACCUUAAUGGCAUCAUUGCCAUCUUGCUUAGAUUUAUUUUUUAGAAUAAAUAGAAAAAAGUUUGUACUGUCUUUAAUUAAUGUAUCUUUAGCAUUCUUUUUGUUUUCUUUUCAAGUACAUGAGAAGACAAUUCUUCUUGCUGCAAUACCUGUUUUGGUUUACUUUCCAGAUGACCCAUUCAUGUGUUUUUGGUUUGGCCUAGUAUCUACUUUUAGUAUGCUACCAUUAUUGGUAAAAGAUCAAUUAUUAAUUCCAUUUAUUGCAACAUCUUUAGUGUACACAGCUUUUUAUAGCAUUUGCUUAAAGCUAGCUCAGCCAAAUGCUUGGUUUAUGACUUUUUUGAAUGCUAAUAAUGUUUAUAAAUCAGUCCAUCCAAAUGUUAUUUACAAUUCAGUAUUUUUAAAACUUCUCUCAACAGCAUUUUUCUUAUCACUCCAAGGAAUGUUUUGGUUGUUAUUAGGUGUGCUGUUUGUUAAACCACCUGAUAAAUACCCAGAUCUAUUUCCUUUGCUUAUUUCAAUGUUUUCAUGCAUCCAUUUUUUAUUUUUCUUUGUAUACUUUAUGCACAAACAAUUAGCUUUGCCAACUGUACUUCCAAUUAAAGUUAAGCCAAAGAAAAACAAUUGA